AUAGGACACUCAUCAACUUUCUAGUUGCUUCAGGAGGACAGUUAGUAUUUUUAAAAUCAAUUGAUGCCUCCAAUGAAGUGAAGAAUGCGGAGACCUUGUGCAACAUGUUGGAUGAGGUGGUGAUGGAUGUGGGAGUGUAGAAUGUCAUCCAAGUUGUGACUGAUAAUGCAGCUGCAUAUGUGGCAGCCGGCAAACUUCUAAUGGCUAGACAUCCGACAUUAUUUUGGAGCCCUUGUGCUGCCCAUUGUCUUGACUUGCUCCUUGAGGACAUAGGGAAACUAAGUUGGGUAAAGAAAGUGGUUGAAGAUGGAAGGAAUAUCACCAAAUACAUCUACAAUCACACAUGGGUCCUGAAUCUUAUGAGAGAGCACACUAAAGGUAAGGAUCUUGUGCGGUCGGGGGUCACACGCUUUGCUACCAAUUUCCUCACCUUGUAGAGCAUACUUGCUACAUUGCCCAACCUGAAGCGGAUGUUCGUGAGUGAAAGAUGGUUGGGGAGUCCUUAUGCUACAAAGCCUGAAGCAGAGAAGGUUGUGAUUGCCAUUUUUGAUACUAAUUUUGCCAAGAUAGUGGAGGAGAUCAUCAAUGUGUCGGAACCGUUGGUGAGGGUGCUACGAAUAGUGGAUGGGGAUCAUAACUCCAUGGGGUAUCUAUAUGAGGCCAUGGAUAAGGCCAAAGAGGCGAUUCAACACUUGUAUGGGUCAAACAAGACCAAGUAUGAACCCAUAUGGCGCAUAAUUGAUCGGAGGUGGAACCAUCAACUCCACCAACAUAUUCAUGCUGCUGCCUACUUCUUGAAUCCCAAGUUUUUUUACUCUCCGAGUUUCAGAGCAGAUGCAGAGGUUAGAAUUGGCCUUGACACAUGCAUUCGGAGAUUAGUUGAUGAUGAGAUCCUUCAAGACCUGAUACUUGAUGAGUUGCAGAGUUAUAAGAAGGCCUUAGGGGAAUUGUUUUCUUCACCUGAUUGCAAACGUAGGAGAGCCACCUUACGACCAGAUUUGUGGUGGGAAGAUUAUGGUGCCACAACGCCUAAUCUUCAAAAGCUUGCCAUCCGCAUAUUAUCACAGCCUUGUAGUGCUUCUGGUUGUGAGCGCAACUAGAGUGUUUUUGAGAACAUCCACA